AUGACCUCCCGGGGCACCGCCAACCGCUUCCUGCAGAGCGUCCUCCGCAACGGGCUGGGCCGCUAUGUGGGGCAACUGAAACGGCUCUCAAUCACCUUCAGCAAGGACGCCCAGACCGCCAGGGGGGCCAGGUAACACCACGGGGGGAAUGGGGAAUGGGGGAGGUAUGGGGCAGGUAGGUAACAACCUAACAAACGGGGGGGUAACUAUGGGGGGCCAGGUAACAACCCGGGGGCCAGGUAACAACGGGGGGAGCAGGUAACCCGGGGGGAGCUGGCACCGCCAGGGGCCAGGUAACGACCUGGGGAGCAGGUAAUAUGGGGGGCCAGGUAACAAACCCCGGGAGCAGGUAAUAUGGGGCAGGUAACAGCACGGGGGAACAACCCGGGGAGCCUGGCACAUGGGGGGGUGUCAGCACGGGGAGGGGGGGCAACAACCCGGGGAGCCAGGUAAUAUGGGGGGCCAGGCAACAGCACGGGGAGGGGGGGUAACACCGCCAGGGGGGCAGGGUAACACCACGGGGAAAAGCAGGUGCCAUGGGGGGGGUAACACCACGGGGGGGAACUGGGGAGUAAAACCUGGGGAGGGGUAACAAACACCGGGAGGGGGGGGCAGGUAACACAGCCAGGGGCAGGCACCAGGGGGAGCCAGGUAACAACCUGGGGAUGGGGGCAACUCAACAGGUAACCCAGGGGGGGGGGGUAACACCACGGGGGGUAACAACCCGGGGGAGGGCAGGUAACAACCAGGGGGGCUGGGGGAAUGGGGGGCAGGUACACCACGGGGGGCCAGGUAACAACCUGGGGAGGGGGAACAACCGGGGAGGGGGGCAGGUAACACCACCAGGUAACACCACGGGGAAUGGGGGGGCAGGUAACACCGGGGAGGUAUGGGGAGCCAGGUAACACCACGGGGGUAACACCACGGCCAGGUAACACCACGGGAGCAGCACGGGGGAGCCAGGUAACACCACGGGGGAGCAGCCAGGUAACACCACGGGGAGCCAGCAAAGCCAGGUAACACGGGGAGCAGCCAGGUAACACCGGGGAGCAGCCAGGUAACACCACGGGGAGCAGCCAGGGUAACACCACGGGGGUGGGGGGAGAGCCAGGUAAUAUUCUUAGAUUUUCUUUUUUUUUUUUUUUACAUCAUAUGUGAGCCUGCUUAUCUGUGUAUCAAUUGUGGAAGUGUUGGGCUGAAAUGUUUUUUACAUCAUGUUGUUGUUCUGUUUCGUUUGCAUUCUCUUUUAGAGAGUUUAUUGAAGAAAAAGCGGUAGAUUUUGCCAAACAGAACCCUGGGGUGGUGCUCUAUGUCAGUCCAAAGCAAUGCAGAGUUCCUAAACUGGUGGCCGAAUAUUGUGAGUAGCAGAAUUCAAAUCUGAAAGCGUUAUUUAUUUUUUUGCACAUCAUAUGGCACCUUACUUGCAAAUUAUAAUACUAAAAUUGUUUAAUGUUCACACAUUAUGCAAUCAGCGUAGUUGUACCAACCACAACUAUGCCACUCACUGUGCCUAGAAACAUUCAGGCUAAAAUUGCCAGACUAGCUAAAUUUCCCAUUUACUGUUUAUUGAAAAACCCUAUUAUGUGAAAUGUGUGCAUCUUACCUAUAUGUAUUGUUUAAUUCGUACACAUGCUUGUGAUUUAUCCAGCAACAUAUAAAAAUAAGUGAAGCUGCUCUUGUCACCACAUUAUGUCAUGAAUUACUAAUUAGUUUUUGACUGUUUUCUUUUCUUUUUUUAUGUACAGAUCCAGUUACAUACUGCAUUUAUUUUUUACUUUAUAUUUUUCUUGACAGUUGUUAAAAUAUGAUGUAUUUAUAGCAAUCAUACCAUUUGCCAUUAAAUAGCAGCCACAGUACAAAAUGUCUGUGGCACACAAGGUAUUUUAUUUAACAGGCUUUUUGUGCUUUGGAGCACUGAGUUGAGGGUGGGCUUAGCUUUAGCUAUUUAAAGUACUCACCUUUAGCUCAUAACCUUAUCGGGAUCAGCUCAGCACAUCACUUCCAGUUCCAGUAUUCAGUCAUUUCAAAUACUGAGUUUCCUGCGGUUUGCUGUCACUGAAAAAGCCAUUCUUUGGCGUUGGGCCUUCUCGGCAUUUGCAAAACCGAAGGCUUAUCUGGUUGAUGGAAUUGCCCUCUUACCUCAGGGGAGUUUCAACUUAGUUUGAAAUUCAACGGCGUUCGUGUAAGAUUCAGUGUGGUUGUAUUUCAAACAAAUUUAGUCUCCUAUUCAACUUCGUUAGGUUUAAAUUCAGCUGGAAUUCGGCACCUUUUGGCAUUACUACUAAAGACACAGUUCGAAUUUUCUCAGUCCAAUUUGGUUCAAACCUAAAGCCUUAUCGUAAGUAAGUUGGAUGGAUAUAUACAUUUUAUUUUUUUUUAUUUAUUUUUUUUUUAUUCUAUUUUUGAUGCAGAUGUAAAACUGUACAAAAUUGCUCACAGUGCCCCAACAGCAGCUGUUAGCGUUCCAGGUAACAUGUUAAAACAGUGUUAAGGCGUGAUAAACAAUGCACAUUUUUAUGUUUUUAAGAAAAAACGAUUAACAAUAGUGUGUUGGUAGUCAGUGUGUGGGCUGAUGCGGUUGUUAGGUUUGUCAUCUGACUGUGCUAUUGUGGGGGCAUAUGUCGCUUAGUUGCCGCUUCUGGGUUUGAGCAGUGUGUGCGGCUGGGAGGGGCGCACAGUGUCGCUAUGUGAUGAUUGGGGUGUCAAUGUCACUGUGUCGUUGUGAUAAGUUGGUAGCAGUACUAAUGCAUGGCUGGUGCGGUGUGUGUGUGUGUGGUUUCUAAACUGUAGUCAGGUAUGUUGUGCUGUGUUAUGUGCCUGGGAGCGGUCCUAUGUCGACCUAUCUGGUCAUUAGUCGAGUUGUGUAUAAAACAUAUGAGAAAGCAAAUCAAAAAGACCAUAUAAAUCGGGCAGUUCAAAGAAUUGGGUAUGGCUGGGGGAAGUCUCCUGUAGUGCCGUCGGCUCCUUCAGCCAAUGCCCCUUACCGGGAGGUCAGCGACCUGAUGCUGUAUGAGUUCUCCGUGCCCUGUGUAUGGCUUGAGCAGUAUAUGGGCAGAUAUGUUCAGAUGCGUGACUAUGGUGUCUCGCCAGUUCCGUGCCCCAUACCGUUUCCUGGAUUCCGCCUGGGUGUGCGUCACCAUUCUGUGGGUUACAGGUUGGUUGAUGGUCAGGUCCUCUGUCUCUCCGGGUCUGGCUCUAAGGUAUAUUUCCCUGUGCCGUGUUGGUUUUCGGCUCUCUUGUAGAGGCGGCGUUGAUUUAGCUUUUUUUUUUUUUUCAUUUUUGCGCCAUUCCGGCACUAUGUAGCUCUUCCUACUCAUCGAUCUUUCGUGUGUCGACGUCAAGGUGGUGUUAGAGACCUAAUGUCGUCAUGUGAUCAUGUAAUUCACUUCCGUAAGGUUGCGGCUGUCAUUUUUCAAUUGGGAGGAAGUCCAUUUAAUGGUGAUCAUGAAAGGCUAAAGUUGUUUUAUCUGCAUUAGGAGUCUGUUGUGCAACUGUACAUUUAUGCACAUCAAACAAAAGAACAAUUAUUAAACCAUCUUUAUUACAUAUAUCACACCUACAUAGUAUAUAAAAUAUAAAUACCUAAAAUUCAAAAAAGAUGGGAGAAAAUGAUCUAAUUUACAAAUAUGGGGGCUAACCGCAGAGCAAGAUGGAUGUCUGAAUCCUAGCUCUGGCACAUGGGGUCGCAAUCCACUCUAAUCUGAGCAUUUAGGACGCCAUCUGAAGCAAAUACCUUGCUAUGGCACUGAGUGUUGGUUCUCAGCAAGUAUUUUGCCCAUGGGACACUUUACAAACACCUAAACAUACUGAAAUACAAUUCCUCGCACAUGUCAAGCUGCCCACCCUGACAUCAUCGCAACGGACAUCUUACUUACACCAGUUACCCUACAAGAGCUGACACAAACCAUACAUGCUCUACUUUUUGGGUAAAUCACCUGGUCCAAAUGGCUUCACGAAUGAUUAUAAAAUUUUCCUUCCAGUUUUAGGUCCACAACUAGUGACAACCUUUAACCACAUAAUAGAAUCUGGAGACAUGCCAACAGACAUGAUACUCUCACACAUUGCCACACUUCCCAAACCAGGAAAACCACAAAACUUACGCCCAAUAUCACUUUUAAAUACAGACACAAAAAUUUGCGAAAAUAUAUGCCAACAGAGUAUCUGAUCUAAUCCCAUCUAUAAUCAAUUCCGAUCAAGUCGGUUUUGUGGCAGGUAGACGGAGCGGAUGGGAUUAGAAAACUGUUAAGCCUGCUCUACCGACAGCGGGCCUCGGGGAGCCCAGGGUCUUUCUCUCAUUAGAUGCAGAGAAAGCAUUCGAUAGACUGCAUUGGUGCUUCCUCAAGGCUGUGCUGCCAAAAUUCAACUUCCCCCACAAUUUUUGUCACUAAUCUCCGCACUCUACUCAAAGCCUGUGGCAAAAGUUGUGAAUAGUGGAUUUGUUUCCUCUACAUUCCAAAUAUCGAACAGCACACGCCGGUGGUGUUCAUUAUCUGCCAUGCUUUAUAUUCUAGCACUGGUACCCCUGGCACAAGCGAUACGGGACAGCACUUCAAUACAUGGGAUCCAGAUGGGAGGGACAGAAUAUAAAAUUAUUAUGCUUGUGGAUGACGUAAUGUUCUCCUUUAUUAAGCCGGAAACUUCUAUUCCAGCCAGAAAAAUUCCUACAGUGAUACAGUGCCUGCUCCUAUUAUAAACUCAACACAGCUAAAACACAAGUGCUUUGUAUUAAUACGUCCAAGUCUCUUUCACAUAAAUUACAGCAGACAUACACAUGAAUGGAGACAGGACUAUCUUACGUUUCUAGGAGUAGCGUUUACGACAAGCGCAAAAACUAUACCAGUCGAACUAUGUCAAGGUGUUCAACAAUAUAACGAACCAACUAAUGGGAUGGAAAGGUAAAUUCUUAUCGUUGGUGGGCAGAAUAGCCGCAAUCAAAAUGCUGAUUCUCCCCAAAUUCCAAUACCUCUUCCGCACCUUACCUAUAAAACUCACAAAGCAGUACUUUAAGGAGGCACAAACAACAUUGUACAAAUUUGUAUGGGAUAAUAAAAAACAAACAAAAACAAAGACAGGGGCCAACCUCAUGUACCAACCAUUUAAGCAAGGUGGCGUGGGACUCCCAAAUUUAACCACAUAUUACAGAGCAUCACUUAUUAGCCCACUAAUAAUGGCCUUCCACCAACACGAUAUGCCACCUUCUUGGCUACAAAUAGAAGCGGCAGACACAGAGGGGCAUGAUAAUCACAUCCUUGGCCUGGGUCCUAACCAAUCAUAGGAAAAAAUACCACAAUAUCCCUUUCAUAGAACAUGUGGGACAAAUAUAGACUAGCACACUGCAUACAUGCUACUCUCUUGCUGACAAUGUUGAUACACUGCUUUUCCACACUAAUACCACACCUGAAUGUGGGAGCUCUCAUGAGGCACGGUCUAACACAUCUACACCAAAUCAUAGAAGAUCACAACCGCAUCCCCUUUGAGUCCCUGCAGACCUCUUAUAAUCUCCCCCACACAGCCAGGUUCACAUGUAUGCAAAUCAGAUCAUGGAUGGGAAGAACAAGGAUGUGGGCCCCACGGCUUGUAAAUGGGCAGUGGAUGUCAGGGCUGUAGAGCUUCUGCACACAAUAUCCAAGACCACAAAAAUUAAUAUCACAGAUAUACCUUAACGAAUACCCUCAAAAUGAUAUUCGCCAAAUGCCCUUUGUGCUAGAGAGGGAAAAAGAUAUCCAAAAGCAAUUGACAGACGAACAGUGGUCAUGUAUUUUUAAAGCGCACAAACAAAACUCACUCUAUGUUCGUCACACACUGACUUGUUGAGAAAAAUCCUUUAUCGCUGGUACCUCGUGCCUACUGGACUCAAACCAAUAGAUCCCCAAAAAUCAACCAAUUGCACCAUACUUGGAAACCUGUAUUCAAUUAAUAAACACCACAAAAAGCUAUGAAACAAUGGCCAGUUCCAUAAUUCUAAACAGGGUUCUGGAGAGAAGCCUGAAAAGAGUGGGAUGAGAAUUAUAAAACUAUCUCAACGAAAACUCCAGCACAGACAACCGUGCGCAUGGGAAAGAGGCCCACAGCCUAGACUGGAUCAGGCUACUUCUGGGACAGUGGUCAAGGUAUAAUUUAAAGCUGUACUACAUACUACCUACUGUAUAGUCUCGUUUAUACUCCAUAACACACCGUGCAAGGCAGGCAUCCCUGCAGCAAAUUAAGAGUAACCUGCCUAGAGACUUCGCCACCUCUUCCACCACCAAUCCUCAACUCUGGGACCCCCUGAAAUAUGCAUUAAAUAAGAAGCUGGGGAUAACCUGAUAUGGCCAACAUUGGACGCUUCCGUAUAUCCAACAGACUGUUCCCUCCCCCCAGAUCUUCAGAACUUGGUGAGCUCUCCUUGACCUCUGUCAGAGACUACUGCUAUUACCACUAAAAUCACAUCCAUAAGCACCCGACAGCAACUCAACAGAGACUACCAGACUCUUCUAAACCCCCCUCACCACCCUUUAUUAAUCUUAAUUGGUAAUUUACUUCUUAAUAACUAUUCACUGUUAAUGUUUCUUUUUCUUAUAGAAUACGAAAUGUAUAAUAUUGUUUCCUUAUCGACGUGGAAGAGCUGUACAUUGAUACAAUUUUUUUUUUGUUUUGAUUGCCUUGUGUACAAUGUGUAACUUGUAAAAUUGCAUUUUUUUUUUUAUUUUUUUUUUAAAAACCUCACAAAUAUAAGAAAUUCAUAUUAAAAAAGAAUUUGAUAAAUUAAACAUCAUAAAAUUUGAGAGCUAAAAACCAUCAUUAUAUCAUUUAAAAAGGAGGAGGCGGAAAGGUCCGUCCGCGAGUUUGGCAAUUUGGAGCGUUGCCAUUGGUUACCACGGCAAUGCUCCCAGGAUCUCGUGGGAGGACUCAACUCUGCCUGUAGUUAGAGGAGCUGCAGGCAAGAUAGUGCUGCUCACCUCCACCGGACCACCAGGGCAAUGUCCCCCCUCCUUGAGGAAAAGGGGGACAUACUGUUUUUUUAUGCUUUUUUAUUUAUUUAUUUUUUUAAAUGGUAAUAAAAAUAUAUUUACAGGGUACCAUGAUCCUAAAAAGUAGGCAAUGAGAAAUUAUCUUGCCUCGGGGGGAUGACGUAGGGCGUGUGCACGCUACGUACGUGGGCGGAGGAGGUGAAGCCUGUCGAGAGUGGAGCGAAUGCCGGAGUUUUAGCACCAAGCAGGAGAACGACAUGCUAGGAAAGCAGAAAUAACGGUGGAAAACGGCGAUAAGAUAGACCCAGUCUGGCUAUAACUCUCUCUUCAAUUGAGCCGCAAACUUGGGAAGGAGUAAAACUAUCAUGCUCUGAAGGAAAAAGGUUGUGUUGGAGAACAGGAAAAAUAAGCGAUGGAGUUAAGGUGGAUAUAAGUGACUCUCUAAAGACACGUGCAUAGCGGGUGGUUGUGAUCUAUGGAAGUUGGGUGAGAAUUCUCUAUAUCUGGUACUAUUCAUACUAAACAAGUGAGCAAAAUAUUUUGAAUUAUCUCCUUACCCUCUCAGGGCCCCCUUGGAUCUGCUAAACGUUAGACAAAUAGCUUUAAAUGAUAUGUACUGUAAAAUGGAUCACAGGUGAUUAAAGAGAGAGUUUUUGAAUUAUACCCUCUGUUCCUACAGAUACAGAAAGAUUAUAUAAUACAUGUGAAGGGGGAUAAGAAACUGAUUCAGAAAAAAUAGAACAGCGAUUGACCCUUUCUGAUGUGUUUACUGCUGCUGUUGGAAAUUUAAAAAGCAAACUGCAAUGCCAGAUAUAUUAUAAAGUGUUUUAAAACCGCAUCUCUGAAUGCAUAGCCCUAUAAAAAGUAUAUUCAUAAACGUACCGCUAUAUAAAGAAGUAAAUCUAAUUAACUAAGGGAGGAACGUGACAUACAAAUUAAAGAUGCAGGAGGAUGGCUUGAUUAAUUGAACAGCCUAGUUAAGGAAAUGAGCUGACAAGUUUUGAAAUUAUUAAAGAAGAUUUAAAAUCCAUCCUGUGUGGUAUUAAUAAAAAUAUGUCAACCAGAAGAAAUCAAGAACAUAAAUCGACUCUCAAUAAAGACAAAGAGCACAAGGAGAGGACUGAAAGAAAAGAUACCAAAACAGAAAAAAAACUCGCUAAAUUUUUUUCAUACCUCAAACGGAUAAAUCCUUGUCAGAAAUGUCUGCAAAGGAAAUUAACCUGACAACAGAUGAGGGGAAAAAAAACAGUUCAAUUAGAAACAUCACAAAUUGAAAACUCACAGGUUUCACCAGUUUCUAAAAAGUUGUUUAGAUCAGCAACUCCUAUCAAUAAAACAAGAAAUUUAUAACAAUAACGCCGACUUAAAAAAAGAUAUUAAAGAGAUUGGCCAGAGGAUUAAUCAAGUUGAAAGAAAACUGGAUCUCACUGACUCUAUAAUUAAAAAUCAACAGCAGCAGCAGCAGCAAGGUAAAUUACAACAGAAGAUUCAAGAGCUAGAAAUAAAGAUAAGUAACUUUGAAGAUAGAUCAAGGCAAAAUAAUCUGAGAUUAAGGAAUAUUCCGGAAAGUAUUACACAAGAAAAAAUUAAGGAUUUUUUGGAAUCUUACUUUUUGGAGCUGGGUAUCCAGAAGGAUGAGAAACAUAAAUUUCCUAGAAAGAUGUCACAGAAUUUCAAAGCCAAAAAACCUCAACGGAAACCCCAAGAGACAUUCUGAUAUGCUGCAAUUCUUACUUAUUCAGAGAACUAAGAAAGGCAUCAAAGCAAGGUAGUAAGAAAGAAAAGCACCUGAAUAUCAAAGUCCUUCCAGACGUAUCCUAUGAAACGAGGAAGAAAAGACGCCUCUUUGCACGAGUAAUGGAGACCUUAAGAAAAAAUGUCCAACAUUUUUGGGCUUUUCCAGCGAAACUCAUAAUAAUUCAUGAAGCAAAAACCCUGGUGUUUGACAAUUUAGAUUCAGCCAGGAUCUGGCUAGAGGCGGUCCAUAUGCAGAAUUGAGUGUUGUGGUUGGGUGGACUAAUAGGCUGAAUAAGUGAGGAUUGACGGCAUCAUUUGACAUAAGAUAUAAAAAUCUUUUUUAGUUUUUUAUUUUAUUUUUUUUAAUUUUUUUUACAUAAAACAAUUCCUAAAAAGAGAAGAGGAAAAAUGCAAAAGGGGAGUUUGCACAGGUUGAGUUAUUUUUUAAUCUUUAUAUAAAUAAUUUAGGUAUCAUGCCACACAUCUAUAUUGGUAAAGAGUUCACAUAGAUAAGAUCACUUAACAUGUUAAUUUUGAGGAAAAUUAAAGUACUUAUUUAAAUAUAAGAAAUUGUUGAUUUUGUUAUCUGUGUUAGAAUCUUCUUUCAUGGACAUAGAGCGAAGACACUUAUCAAAGUGGUGUAAUUUAAAUAGUGGAAUUGGGUAUAAUGUAAAUUGUUUGUAUGUUACCUGGUUUUAAAAUAAAAGGAUUAGGUUAUUCUGUUUUUUUGGUUGUUAUUUUUUUGGCACAGUUUGAUUCUAUUAAUAUAUAAAGAUGUUCUACAAGGAAUUGAAGUAACCACAAUGUAAAAUGUCUAUAUCGUUAUCUAUGUAAAAGGGAAUAGGAUUUUUUUUUUUUUUCACAGACCGACUAAUUUUAUAUAAAGGUGUAAUAUAAGGACUUGAAGUAAUCACAAUGCAAAUUGUUGAUACUGUUAUCUAGGUUAAAGGGGGAUUUUUUUUUUUUUGAUUGAUUAUGGCUUACAGCUCAUGAAAACCCCAAAUCCACAAUAUCAGUAAAUUAGAAUAUUGUGAAAAGGUGCAAUAUUCUAGGCUCAUAGUGUCCCACUCUAAUCAGCUAAGUAAGCCAUAAAACCUGCAACGGGUUUCUGAGCCUAUAAAUGGUCUCUCAGUCUGGUUCAAUAGGAAUCACAAUCAUGGGGAAGACUGCUGACCUGACAGUUGUGCAGAAAACCAUCAUUGACACCCUCCAUAAGGAGGGAAAGCCUCAAAAGGUAAUUGCAAAGAAAGUUGGAUGUUUCCAAAGUGCUGUAUCAAAGCACACUAAUAGAAAGUUAUGUGGAAGGGAAAAGUGUGGAAGAAAAAGGUGCACAAGAAGCAAGGAUGACCGCAGCCUGGAGAGGAUUGUCAGGAAAAGGCCGUUCAAAACUGUUGGGGACUUUCACAAGGAGUGGACUGAGGCUGAAGUCAGUGCAUCAAGAGCCACCAUACAGUCAGAUCCUGGACAUGGGCUUCAGAUGUCGUAUUCCUCUUGUCAAGCCGCUCCUGAACAACAAACGUCAGAACCGUCAUUACCGGGGCUAAAAAAAACCAGACCUGGUCUGUUGCUCAGUGGUCCAAAGUCCUCUUUUCUGAUGAGAGCAACUUUUGCAUCUCAUUUGGAAACCAAGGACCCAGAGUCUGGAGGAAGAAUGGAGAGGCACACACUGCAAGAUGCUUGAAGUCCAGUGUGAAGGUUCCAAAGUCUGUGUUUAUUUUGGGAGCCAUGUCAUCUGCUGGUGUUGGUCCACUGUGCUUCACUAAGUCUAGGGUCAACGCAGUCGUCUACCAGGAGACUUUGGGGCACUUCAUGCUUCCUUCCGCAGACGAGCUUUAUGGGGAUGCUGACUUCAUUUUCCAGCAGGACUUGGCACCUGCCAAAAGCACCAAAGCCUGGUUCAAUGACUGUGGGAUUACUGUGCUUGAUUGGCCAGCAAACUCGCCUGACCUGAACCCCAUAGAGAAUCUAUGGGGCGUUGUCAAGAGAAAGAUGAGACAUGAGACCGAACAUUGCAGAAGAGCUGAAGGCCGUUAUUGAAGCAUCCUGGUCUUCCAUAACACCUCAACAGUGCCACAGGCUGAUACUGCCUCAAUGCGGCAUGGCGUGGAAGCUAACUGCUGCAAAAGGGGCCCAAACAAAGAACUGAGUCCAUAUGCAUGCUUAUACUUUUCAGAGGUCAGAUAUUCUAUGUACACUCCUUGUUUUAUUGAUUGCAUGUAAUAUUCUAAUUUACUGAGAUUGUGGAUUUGGGUUUUUCAUGAGCUGUAAGCCAUAAUCAUCGCACUUAUGACAAAUCACGCUUGAACUAUCUUGCUUUGCAUGUAAUGCGUCUAUCUCAUAUAUUAGUUUUCCCUUUUUACGUUGCAUUACUGAAAUAAAUGAACUUUUGCACAAUAUUCUAAUUUUUUGAGUAUCACCUGUAUUUGUGUGUCAGGAUAAGUGUCUGUAUCUGUGUGUGUGUCAGGGUCUAUAUCUGUGUGUAAGUGUGUGUGUAUAUGCAUCUGUGUUAGAUACACACCCUGACACACAUGCAGAUACACACACACACAGACAUGCAUUUACACAGACACACAGAUACAUAUACUGACAAACAUGCAGAUAUAUAUAUAUUAUAGAGAGAGACUGACACACUUCAGGAUACAUUCCCUGACACACCCUGAAACACAGAUACACACCUUGACACACACACACACAUAUAUAUAUAUAUAUAUAUACACAAUGACACAGAUACCCACACUGACAUACAGAUACAUACUGUAUCUGUAUGUCUGUAUCUGUCAGAGUAUGUAUCUGUUUCACUGUAUCUGCUUGUGUGCCAGUGUUUGUAUCUGUAUGUAUGUUUUUGUGUAUGUAAGUGGUUUUAUCUGUAUGUUUGUGUAUCAUUGUGUUUGUACAUCUGUACCUGUCUGUGUGUAUAUCUGCAUGUGUGCCAGUGUUUGCAUCUGUGUAUCUGCAGGUGUGUGUGUCUGGGGCAGAGGAGAAGCAGGGAGAGCCUAGAGCAGAGAAAAAGGGGUUAUGGAACAGAGAAAAACUUAUACAUUUGAAAUAAAUGCAACUAUAUUAAUUACAAACAUUUUGUUGAUGGGAGUGGUACAAUUUAUGGAAAUGGGCUGCCAAGGGGUACUCAAGUGAAAACUGGUUGGUAACCACUGCACUAGCGUAUUAAGUACAGAAUUAUAGCUCAUGUAAUUACAGAAACUUAAAGCAGAGGAACCACAUAUGAUGGUUUUCCUGCUCUGCCUGUCUCUCACAUCUCUGCAUCGAGGGCUAUGCCAAUAAUUGAUUGGUGUGGUGAAUAACAAUUUGUGUGUACUGUGACAUGUACACUGUAACUCUAUUAUUAUAUCAUGAGUACUUAAUGUGAUGUAAGCUUAAGCCACCACCAGGUGGUGCUGUUUAAACAUUUAUCAAAGAUUUCAAGCUGUGUCUUGCUAAUCACAUUGGGGUUCCAUUCGUUUUAAGAUCUGGCCUGAGAAUUGUUCUUAAUAGUAUGAAAACAUAAAUGUUUGGUAUAUUAUAAGAAAUAAGGAGUCCUUGGGGUCAUAUUAAACAAAUCUGACACUGUCACUGUGUUUUAUACCCAUGUAUGAUAGACCUGUUUAUUUCUGACCAUUACUAUUAAGUAAAAACACUAACACAUUAAGGUCAAACGGAAUUUGUUGAUGCUAAACGUCCCCAAGCUAACCAACAGAGGCGAUAACCAGGUACUGAGAGCGAGGUCGCAAUGUGACCCGUUUACAUUUAGAUUUGAGAAUUCUUUAUAUAAAUUUAGACCUAUUUAGUGGCUUUACCUUUUAGUAUGUUCUUAUUUUUGCAUUAACUGUGACAAGUAGGACGCCAUCUGCGAAUAUAUUACAGUAUCAGAUAAACAAAUGUAUUUCCUCUGUCACCCCACCCCCAUCAUUAAUCCAACGGCUGACAGAGCAUGGUGAGGAUGUAAUGCCAUCAUGUACAACUGUAAGAUGCGUAUCCCUGCUGUAGACUACGUGUUCCUGGGAGACUCUCUCUCCUCCGGUGUGUUUAUUUUAUUUUUAUUAGCAGUUAUUUACAUCUAACGAUGGCACUGUUGGUUUGCUGAAUAAUUAUUUGGCGUUUGUAUGUGUGUGUGUGUGUGUGUGUGUGUAUAUGCCAAAAUACCAGAGUAUUGCAGUAUGCAAUGAUACCUUUUUUUAUUUACCUUUUUUAUUGGACUAAUAUAAUAUUUCUGAGGACGAGAGGAAAUAUUAUGUUCAAUAAAAAAAGGUAUCAUUGCAUACUGCAAUACUCUAGGAUUUUGACAUCUUAUAUAAUCUAUAUAAGAUGCCAACGAUGAUGGAUUGUGGGAUUUGAUGAAAGAUAAUCAUGUUUGGGAGUAAAGCAGAGGGAUAAGUGCAGUGUAAAUGUGGGACAGUUAGUUGACCAGUGGGUUGUAGAGAACCUAAAACAGAGUUGGAACAUGAAAGAAAAACAUUAACCCCUUCAGGACACAAUUUCAGAAAUAAAAGGGAAUCAUGACGGAAUAUUUACGUCAUGUGUCCUUAAGGGGUUAAGUAGAAGAGCAUAUUAGUUUUGUAGUGGAGGGAGAACAUAGAGCUAUAGAAAGAAGCCAAGUCCUUUUAUGAAUUGAUCCUAGUUCUUGCUAGCUGAUGAUGUGCGACCUGUAAAUGCCCAAGCCACAUAAAUCCUCUGUGUACUCGUAAUGAACGGCUCCUAGCUAUUUAUCUGUUUGUAGAAGAACAAAAAGGAUGGAUAUCCAGCAGUUUUGGAGAACUUGAAUUUUGAAUGUUCGUAGUCAAAUUAGCAGUUAAAUGUAAAAUAAAACUCUUACUUGUUUUCUUCUACUCUACAAAACUAUAUUAUUUUGUUCCAACCAACAAUGGGAAGACAAUUCUGAGAGGCAUAGUUAAACGUUGAUUAACCCAAAUUGGGGAUCCCAGCUAUGGAUUGACGAACAGUUAUUUUCAUUACCCUGUAAAGUCAUUUCGGUGGGAUUUGUGGCUUUGGUCUGCAUAUUCCUUAUUAUAGUCUAGCAUACCCAUUUUCAAAAUAUCUUUUAUUAGCUAUUUUAUUCAAAUAGAUGUCAUUUUUGUAGCACCGUUUCCUUCAAGAUCUGACUGGUGUGGUCAGGUACAGCAGGAGUACAUUGCUGAUCUCCUGCUAUUUGAUGGGUGGCUGAAAUGUAAUCAUUUACAGAAGAGGUAUCUGCUUUGGUUUGUCAAGGUUUGUUAUAGACCGUAAUCCUUAGAAUUUGCCAUAUAAAUAAGAGUAAAACAGGAUUGGCUACAUUUUUGUUUAUGCCAAUGGCUGUCAAAGUGACUAGAGUUUUACCCAGCUGUUACUGUAAUUGUGGAAGUGUUGUGGAUAGGUUGGUUUUUCUAAUGUUUCAUGAAAUAUCAAAGGCAAACACAAAGCAGUGUUUGAUUGAAACCUGUAAAAAGAUUUUUAUUUUUUUAUCGGAUUCGUAGAGCUAGGUGUCAAAUUGUAGCCUUUAAAAAAAAAAAAGUUUAAAAAUUGCGAAGAGUAUAGAUCUUACAGAAAAGCAUAUUUUGUGCUGUAAUGUUUUUCUUCACUAAACAUAAUUGUUACAAGAAACUAACAUAAUUAGAAAUAAAUGGAUGAUGUGGAUCUCCGGUUGUAUUAUGCUGCUGUUUGAGUUGUUUGUUUAAUUUUCUCUUUGGGUGAAAUGUAUCAGUUGGUGGGACAUUCGUUCCUAAAACAUGUAUUAGCACUUGUCUUCAUUCUCAUGUUACUAAGUUACGUAGUAAGUGCUGAGAAUAUUCCCUAUUGCUCUGUCGAUUUCACUCUCUUGAUUUUGUUAUACUUUAACUUUACUCAAGAUCAGCUUGCGAUGACUGAGAUGUUUGUGAGUUUCUCAGUUGUUGCUUGGUUCAGCAUUCCAUGCGCAUGCAAUGGAAGAUGGCAUGGCAGCCUACAAGAGGCAACUAUCAAGCUUUAGUGAAUUAGUGGAACUGGUCUAAAAUUGGCAUCGAUAACUGGGUAACCACCAGAUAUUGCCAUGCACAGUGGCCAUUUCAGUCUGGUUUGAAUAGAACUUAUAGCGUUGCUGUCUUGUCAAGCAAGGAAUCUGAAAUGAUUUUGUUAUUGCAAAUCAAGCUGAACAUAUAUUGAACUACAAGAGAAACUAGCUGUUUUCGAAGGCUGUUUGAGGUUGAAAACUAUUUUAUUGACACUGCAGUCUAAACAUAGAAGAGAUAAGUUGUCUAAAAGGUUAUAUUGAUUUUUCUAAGAAAAUAACUAAGGCAAUAUUUGUUUUAACCCAUAUAAUCUAUGAAUACUGUUUUGCAAUUCUGAGUAAAUGAUGUUGCAUGUUGGCUAUACACAAACCCUCACGUAGUAGAUAAAAAAAAAAUUCAGAUCUACAAUCACUUGCGUUUCUUUCAUAUUCCUGGUCAUACGUGAUGCAAGCUGUGGGUGUGUGAGAGACCAGAUGUACAGUAGUGUAAGCGAGGCAUGUUUACAUGGUUAUAGGAAGCCAUGCAUCAAUGAUACACUAAUUUAAUGGAAAAAGAUGGUGGGAUUAAUGUGUAGUAAAGUCAAAUGAACUGGUGAGAUCUACUAUAAAAAGAGAGGAUGGGGUGAUAUUUUGAAGAUUAAUAAAUAGGCAUGUAUAGUAUAGUUUCUUCUACUUCUUACCAAAAACAUAAGACAAAAUAUGGACUACUUUGUCUCAUGUAUUUUUUUUUUUCUACGCUUGACACUACCAUCGAAAAGUUUCAAGACCAGUGCCAUCUGAAGGGAAUUUUGGGGAAUAUGACUUAAAUGUAUUUUUAGGUAGCAGUGGAUAAGUUCCUUUUCGUGUAGCAGUGUUUCUUAUAUAAACAAGCUUCAUUUUUUUUUUUUCAUUUUUUCUUUAGUGAAUGGAACAGUGAGAGAAGAACCCCUUAACCGCAAAACUGCAGAUGACAUUUUUCAACUUGUGCAGAAACUGGCCAACCAGUCUGGUCUAGACAUCAUCCGGAUACGCAAACCCUACCAUACAGACAACCCGAGUAUUCAGGGCCAGUGGCACCCGUUCACCAAUAAACCAUCAUCCCUUAAUGUAAAGACCUUUGAUGCAGUCAAUCCACAGACAAAGACUGCACCAUAG